GAGCCGUGGAGGACAUCGACCGACGACUUCGAUUCAAUCAUUUGCAAAUCCGGACAAACCUCCGCCUCUUUCCUUCAGAUUUCUGGUUGCCACGCUUCAGACAUUUCCAAAUCCUUAUCCGAUCCUCUUUAUUCUGCUCGCCGUCGCCGUCGCCGUCUUCUUCUUCUUCUUUCUUCUCCGAUUUGGGGUUCGUUGACCAGCUUUCUGCCUGCGAAUUGACCUUCUUUGGUUUGAUUGGUAUGGCUGUGCUCUUGGAGGAGAUAGUGAAGUCGGUGGAGUUGUGGUUGAAGCUGAUCAAGAAGCCCGAGACGUACGUCGAUCCGAAUCUCGAUCCUGUUCUUUUGGUUCCGGGAGUUGCUGGUUCGAUCUUGAACGCGGUUCAUGAGGAUACGGGCAAAGAGGAGCGAGUUUGGGUCAGGAUAUUAGGGGCUGAUGCUAAAUUCCGAACCGACCUCUGGUCUUUUUACGAUCCUUCUUCUGGUGAGACUGUAUGUUUUGAUCCAAAGGUCAAAAUCAAAGUUCCUGAUGAGAGAAACGGAUUGUAUGCAAUCGAUACGUUGGACCCUGACAUGAUCAUUGGAUGCGAUUCUGUUUACUAUUUCCAUGACAUGAUUGUCGAAAUGACCAAGUGGGGUUUUCAAGAAGGAAAAACGCUUUUUGGGUUCGGAUAUGAUUUUCGUCAAAGUAACAGGUUGCCAGAAACGUUGGAUCUCUUAGCUGCGAAACUGGAAGCAGUAUAUAAUGCUUCAGGAGGGAAAAAGAUUAAUCUUAUUAGUCAUUCAAUGGGCGGUCUUUUAGUGAAAUGCUUCAUGAGCCUGCGCAGCGACAUUUUUGAGAAGUAUGUGCAGAAUUGGAUUGCAAUUGCUGCUCCAUUCCAGGGUGCACCUGGAUAUGUUACAUCUACCUUUGUGAGUGGAAUGUCAUUCGUUAAUGGAUGGAGAGAGAACUUCUUCAUAUCAAAGUGGAGCAUGCACCAACUGCUUAUUGAGUGCCCAUCCAUUUAUGAACUAAUGGGCUCUCCGGACUUUGAUUGGCAACACAUUCCUCUACUCGAAGUCUGGAGAGAGAAACUUGACGCGGAUGGAAACGCUCACAAGAUGUUGGAAUCGUACUCGCUUAAAGAAAGUGUCGAAAUACUGACAGAAUCUCUUUCGACAAACAUGAUUCUUCAUGAUGGAAUGGAUAUUCCUCUGCCAUUUAAUUUGGAGAUCUUGAAAUGGGCGAACGAGACGAGGGAAAUUCUAAAGAACGCUAAACUACCUCCUCAGGUCAAGUUUUACAAUAUAUAUGCAACAGGUCUCGAGACGCCGCAUACCGUUUGCUAUGGAGAUGCAGAAAAUCCUGUUGCUGAUUUACAAAAACUGCGAUACAUUGAGCCGAAGUAUGUUUACGUCGAUGGUGAUGGGACAGUUCCCGUGGAAUCGGCAAUGGCCGAUGGACUUGAUGCAGUAGCGAGGAUUGGGGUCCCUGGUGAGCACCAGCGCGUUCUUAGAGACCACCGCUUAUUCAGAAGCCUCAAGCAUUGGCUCAAAGCAGGUGAUCCCGACCCAUUCUACGACCCACUGAACGACUAUGUGAUCUUGCCAACUGCUUUCGAGGUCGAAAGCCAUGUGGACAAGGGUCUGCAAGUAGCUGCUCUAAAAGAGGAAUGGGAGAUCAUCUCCAACGACCAAAAUAAACCAGAUGAGUUGUGUAAUGGGAAGCCAUUGGUGAGUUCCAUAAUGCUAUCUCGAGUUGUCGGGGACUGUCCAUCCUCGAGGGCUGAGGCUUGCGCAACCGUUAUCGUUCAUCCCCAGAAAGAGGGUAAGCAGCACGUUGAGCUGAAUGCUCUUAGCGUAUCAGUCGAUGCAUGAAAUUAUUUCUCAUGCAACGAUACGUUGUUUCAAACUAAACUCGACUGCAAUCAGCCCCAUGAGCGUGCACAAUUGAUGAACAAUCUGUACAGUCAUUUGUACUUAAUUUAUGUGGUGAAAAUGUAUAUUUAAAAAUUUGGACACCCCUUUUUUAUUUUUUUAUUUCUUAUGUAUAUAUAUA